AUGCGCCAGGAGUCGGACCCCGGGGAGGCGGAGGGUGGGGGAGGGGAGCGCGCGUGGCUGGGAUCCCUGCGCGCGGUGAAGCGGCGGCCGGCCAUUGUGAGGCGGAGGCCGGGCUGUGCGACUGGCUUCGCGGCUGGGCUGGCGCCGGGGGCGGAGGUCGGGCGGGGGCAGCGGCGGGGGCUAGGGUGGGGGUGGGGACAGGUUCCCGCUUUUCCAGCUAGAACCGAGCCGCGAGACGCGGGGCCGCAGGGGCCCAGGAGGCGUGGCGGAGUCUCCGGCUUCGGGCUGUCAGAAGAACAUCACAGACGGUCAACUGGGGCCAGUGCGUUUGACCCCCACGAAAGAACGCUGGCUUUGAAGACGCGAAACCCUUAA